AUGAGUAGCAAUUCUUAUCUGGUGGUCGGGUUGUUGGAGAAGAUGGACUCGAGUGAUACCGAUUUUCGGUACAUGGCCACCAAUGAUUUAAUGAAUGAGCUCCAAAAGGAUGGGUUUACCUUGGAAGAAUCUACUGAGAGAAGGGUGGUUCAAAAAGUCUUAAAACUCAUGGAUGAUGCUAAUGGUGAAGUGCAGAAUUUGGCUGUUAAAUGCCUUGCACCACUUGUCAAAAAAGUUCGCGAGGCGCAGCUAGGAGAAAUUGUUGACAAGCUGUGUGACUACGCCACUCAAAAGAACAAGGAAGAGCUCCGAGAUAUUGCGGGAAUUGGGUUGAAAACAGUUAUUGUUGAAAUACCAAGUAAUUCACAAAGUGCAGGCAACGUGAUGCAAAAGUUGAUCCCGAAACUUCUCGACCAACUAGGGAAUGCUAAUGCAACUUAUGAAGUACAAAUGGAUACCCUUGAUAUCUUGAGUGAACUUCUUGCUCGCUUUGGUAGUUCGGUCGCCAAUAAUGUAUCAUCGCAAAAGAAAAUUCAGACCUGUUUGAUAAAUAAUCUAAGUCAUUCGCGUCCGGCGUUUAGGAAGAGAACCACUAUCGCGCUUGGAAAUCUUGUGACACACACACCUGAUGACCUUUUCGAUGAAUUGGUACAGAAAUUAUUAGAAAGUUUUGAGAAAGCGCAACAUCAGAAAGAUAACCUCAAGACUUUAAUUCAAUGUGUUGGUACAUUAAGUCGGUCAAGCGCUCCAAGGUUGGGCAAAUAUUUGCCCCAAUUUUUACCGCUUGUGAUUAAUAAUAUCGACGUGAAUGAUGAUGAGUUACGCGAAAAUUGUUUACAGGCGCUCGAGUCAUUUGUAUUGCGUUGUCCGACGGAAAUCACGCCUAAUAUCGAUGCCAUCAUUGACAUUUGCUUGGUAUACUUGAAAUAUGAUCCGAAUUAUGAUAACUAUUCGGAUGAUGAUGAUAUCUCUUGGAAAGUACGCAGGUCUUCUUCAAAACUCCUCGCAGCAAUUAUUGGCACGAGACACGAACUCCUUGUACAAUUGUAUCACAGUGUUGCACCAGCUUUAGUCAAUCGAUUCAAGGAACGGGAGGAAUCUGUUCGUGUAGAUGUACUUCAAACGUUCAUCGUUCUUCUCAGACAAACCUACGUAUACGGCGGGGAAAGUUAUAUUCAAAGAGAAAAUGAUCAUGAGCCUAAGCGUCGAAGAGCUGUGGGUCCAAGUGAAUCACAAGAAAGUCCCAAACAGAUGCUGCGAAAUCUAGUCCCAAAAUUAAGUCGUAAUCUAUCAAAACAAUUGGUUUCGAAAUCAAUUGUAACCAAACAAACGGGUUUCUUGCUUCUGCGCGAAUUGGUCACUGUGUUAAACGGAGGGCUUGAUAAUCAUCUUAGCAUGUUUAUUCCUGCAAUUGAAAGCUCUUUGUCAACGUCAUCUGAUACUUCUCAUCACCAAGCGAGCACAAAUUCUAAUCUUAAGAUCGAGACCUUAAGCUUCCUUCGUCAGUUGCUUAAGGCUCAUCCACCUCAAGUUUUUCACAAUUAUCUCUCGCGUCUAUGUCCUCCGAUAAUCAAUUCCGUCAAAGAUAAAUUCUAUAAAAUUACAUCAGAGGCUUUUUUGGUUUGCAUCGAGUUGGUUAAAGUCAUCCGUCCCAUCGAAUUUCAGGAAUCUACCCAAACGUAUAAUGUGCAACCGCUAAAUCCCGAAUUCAGAAAUUAUAUAUUGGACAUUUACGAUGUCACUAUGGCCCGCCUCUCAACCACUGAUGCGGAUCAAGAAGUCAAAGAACGGUCUAUCAUGUGCUUGGGAGUUCUAAUAUCUCAGGCCGGUGAUAAUUUGCAAGAUCAACUUAAGACGUGUAUGCCUUUGUUACUGGAUCGUUUGAGAAAUGAGGUCACACGUUUGACCACAGUUAAAACUUUCACGAUGAUUGCUGAUAGUACAGUUUGCGAAAGCGAUGAUGUGAGGUUGGCCAUAAAAGGAGCCAUCCAGGAUGUUGCAGUUCUGCUCAGAAAGAGUCAUCGCCAAUUGAAGGUAGCCACAUUAGUAUGCCUGGAGGUCUUUGUCCGGCGGUAUGGCAUGCUCCUUGGUCCAGAGAAUUAUUCUCGUGUUCUCGAAGAAUUAACUCCACACAUUUCUGACCAAGACCUUCACCUACUACCCUUAGCAUUAAACACUGUGGUUUCAAUCUUACGCACCAAUCCUUCAUCACUGGUAUCGGUAUAUAACGAUAUCAUGCCAAAUGUUUUCAAGCUUGUGCAAUCCACUCUUGUUCAAGGUGCUGCCUUAGAGAGUUUACUGGUAUUAUUCCAGACAUUGAUCAAAACCCAGGAAUCCGAUUUCAGUAGAUUAUUCUCCGGGUUAAUUCAACCGUGUCACCCGGAACCUAAUAUUGACCCUAGUCAGUUGACCUUAUCGAAGCAG